AUGAAAGAUUUGAACAACGACUUCUACUAUGACAUUGCAUUGGACGAAGGAAAUAGAAUAUGUUCUGUGUUUUGGGCAGAUACAAGAACUAGAGUCGCGUGUGAAGAAUUUGGUGACGUUGUGUCCUUCGACACCACUUACUUGACAAAUAAGUAUGACAUGCCCUUUGCUCCGUUUGUAGGAGUUAAUCAUCAUGGUCACUCUAUUUUACUGGGAUGUGGAUUGCUUUCUUCCGAAGACACUGUGUCAUUUGUGUGGUUGUUUGAAUCUUGGUUGAGAUGCAUGGGACAUAAGGCGCCUAAUGGGAUCAUAACGGAUCAAUGCAGGGCAAUGGUGAAUGCCAUUGCAGAAGUUUUUCCAAAUACAAGACACGGGUGGUGUUUAUGGCACAUAAUGAAGAAGUUGCCCGAAAAAUUUCAAGGGUUCAAAAAUUAUGUUGCCAUCAAAUCAGAUAUACAUGCGCUUGUCUAUGAUUGUGGGUCGCCAUGGGACUUUGAGAAUGGAUGGGAACAACUACUUACGAACCAUGCCUUGGAGGGGAAUGAUUGGUUUUGUACUCUUUAUGAGGAAAGAAGAAAAUGGGUACCAUGUUACUUAAGGAGUGAUUUCUGGGCCGGCAUGUCAACUACACAAAGAAGUGAGAGUAUGAAUGCCUUUUUCGAUGGAUUUAUAAAUUCAAGCACAACACUUCAACAGUUUGUGGUUCAGUUUGACAAUGCCCUUAGAGUAAAGGCACAAAAGGAAAUACAAGUUGACUUCUCCUCGCUUAACACCACGAUUGGUUAUGGCUCACAAUCACCUAUUGAGAGACAAUUUCAAUUGGAGUACACACAUGAAGAGUUUGAGGAAGUCCAAACAGAGUUUUGGUCUAGAAUGAAUUGUUUUAUCAAGAACACUUUGAAGGACAAUUUUUUGAAUACUUACUCAAUAAAAGAGGAGCGGAUGUUCGAGGGUAAAUGUGCAGAUAAAUUUUAUACGGUUGAAUUUGAUCCAAUCACUAACAACACCACGUGUUCUUGCCUCUUGUUUGAGUUUAGAGGCAUAAUUUGCCGCCAUUCGCUAUUGGUAUUUGGUCAGGAAGAUAUCUGCAAUGUGCCAUCAAAAUACGUUCUUCAGCGUUGGAAUAAAAAUAUUUGUAGAAGGCACACGCUAAUUAUAGCAGCGUACAGUACUUCAAAGCUUCAACCGACCAUGCAAAAAUACCAACUAUUGUGCAAAAAAUUCUACGGAAUAGCGGAGGUCGCUUGUGAAUCCGAAGUUUUCUCAAAUUAG